UUUACACAUAUUUUUAAUUUUUAUAUACAAAAUUAGGUCUUAGCAGACAAUAAUAAAUUGUAUUAACAUUUUGCCAUUACUUCAGCCCAGACAAAAUGAAUUUGAAUUUCUUUGUCAGUGUUUUGAGCCACGGUUGUCGUAAUCAAUAAUGAUAAAACCAAUUUCUAAACAUAGAUAAGGGUCAAAAUUCUCUAGGCAUCAAAUUUCCUUGUUUGUUGAAAGUUGUAUUGAUACUUUAAAUAUGGACAUAGAACAGUUGGGAAAAGAUGCCAAAGUUGCUGCUGCUAAAUACUUUACAACCAUGCUCCAAAAACCUGGCCAAUUAGAAAAAGUUGAGCAGUUGAAGAGCCGAAUAUCACGGAAGAAAACAUCUACUGAAGCUAUGUUGAAAACAGCUAUGCAAAGUCAAUUAGAUGGAGUAACAGUUGGAAUGAAACAACUAAAAGAUGCUUUAAAUGAUAUUAAUCAGGUAAAAAAAAUUCUAAAAGAUACAAAAGAAUCAUUUGUUAUUCUACCAUCUCUUGGCUAUAAGUUACAAGAUGUACGUACUAAACAUAUGCAACAUUCCCAAUAUAUGACAGCUAACGAAAAUAUGAAACACUUGUUUACUGUGCCAGAAAGUAUCGAGAAAACAAAACAGUGGAUCAACGAUGGAAAACUGUUACACGCUCAUCAGUGUUUAGUAGAUCUAGAGAACUCGAGAGAUGAUCUUCUGUUUGAGGUGUAUAAGUUACCAAAUCAAGCACAGACUGAUAAAAUUCUUCUUAAAGCAUAUUUUGAGGAUGUUGAAAUUGUGUCUGAUAUGUUAGGCAAACAGAUUAAAUUAGUUUUAAGUAGGACAUUAAAUACGGUAAGGAAGGAGCCUAUGGUCAUUGUAACUGUUUUAAGAAUAAUAGAGCGAGAGGAACGAUCUGAUGCAUUUGCUCUUCAGCGAAAAAAGCAGUCUGGUUUUAUACCUCCUGGUCGUCCAAAAAAAUGGAAAGAUUUAGCUUUUGAAAUACUCCAAAAGUGUGUUGAUCAACGAAUUGAAGGCACUCAGGUAAAUGACCGAUCGGAUAAUAAAAUGUGGCUUGUAACAUAUUUGGAACUUUGUCGACAACUAAUACUUGAAGAUUUAAGAGUAGUUAAAACUCUUUGCGUUCCAUGUUUUCCACCAAAAUAUAAUAUAUUUGAUAAGUUUGUCAAUAUGUAUCAUUCUAGUUUGUCUUCAAAUUUAAAAGAAAUAAUAUCAUUUGGCCUUGAAGGCAAUGAGUAUGUGUCAAUAAUUUCAUGGGUAAUAAAUACAUAUACUGGUAUAGAUUUAAUGCGUCAUCCUGAGUUAAAUAUAGACAUAAGGAUGAUAGGCCCAUUGUUAGAACCAUCAGCUGUAAACGAUUUGCAAUCAAAAUAUUUGGAGUACAUAAGAAAUAAUUACAAAGAUUGGAUGUUAAAAACAUUAGACACCGAAAAAAAUGACUGGUAUGCGGGAACUUCGCCAGAGAUUGGCCCUGACAGUUGUUUUCAUACAGCUGCUCCUGUAAUAAUAUUUCAAAUGAUUGAUCAAAACCUGCAAGUCACUAAAACUAUUAGCCAAGACUUAACGCAUAGAGCUUUAUUGUUAAGUGUUGAUAGCAUAACUGUUUACGGAUCCUCUUACAAAGAGGCUGUAGUUGAAUUCAAGAAAAAACACUUUGAAGACAGAAGUAAAGUGCCAUUAUUCACACAAUGCAUAAUAACAGUACUAAACAAUUGCUUACAAUUUAUUGAACUUGCAUUAGAAAUGAAACAACACUACUGGAGUAGUGAAUUCAAAGAUCAGUCAAGUACAGCUUAUGAACAACUAUUAAAGACAUUUCAAAAUCUUAGAGAUGAAGCGGCACAAUUUCUUUUAGAAGAAGCUUUCUUAGACUUGGAUUCACAUUUUCAAGAUUUAAUCACUACAAAGUGGCUUACUAGCUUUAUAUCGAUUGAAACUAUUUGCGUUACUCUUGAAGAUUAUUUUCAAGAUUAUGUUCAUUUAAAACCUAAGAACUUUGAGUACAUUAUUCUUGAAGCUGAAGACAUAAUUGUACGGCGUUACAUAAUGGCUAUGCUACAAAAAAAAAUAACAUUCAAGACUUAUGAGGAGCGAAGAUCAGCUGCUGAUAAGAUGAUUAAAGAAGUAGAUCAGCUGAAAAGCUUUUUUUCUCGUGUUGCACCUGUUGUAAAACGUGAUAAUAAUUCACCGUUCGAUGCUGUUGUCAAGUUGUCAGAAGUUCUUAAAAGUGAGGACUCAGAAAUACUGUCAUUAGAUUUACACACAUUAGUAAAAAUAUAUCCUGAUAUCACCGAAGAUCAAAUGAUGCGCUUGCUAAGUUUAAGAGGUGAUCUGAGUAGGUCGGAAAUACGAGAAAAAGUUCAAUACGCCAUUCAAGGUAACAAAGAACUGACAGGAUCUACAUUAACCAAGAGCAUAUUCCAACAGAUCCAUUUAUAAGAAAUUGUUCUUAAAAUUCUACAGUUAUUAAUAAAGAUAUUUUCUUUAUGUAUUGUUACGUAAUUUAUACUCUUACAGUUUUAUAAUUUUGUAUUGUAUUUAUUGAGCUAGUUAUAAUAUUUAUGUCAGUAUUGUCUAUAAACAUGUUUGUUUUGUAUAAUGAAUACGACACCUAUAUGACCUAAUAUAUGACACCUUGAUCUACUUCUAUAUUAUAUAGGCUGACUGAUACUUUUACAGUCUGAAUGAGCAUUUUACAUGUUGUGUAGGUAUUAUUUUAAAUCAAAUUUCCUCUAUUAUGGUCGACCUUCAGUAAUGUGCUCUAAACCAAUUCAAAUUGUAUUGUAAUUUUUAUGUAAAGCAUUCAUAUGUUUAUGAUGUUUGAUUAGGUUUUAUAAUUUAAUCUAAUCGAUUGCUUUUUUAAAUGUUUAUUCACAUUAAUUAUGUUGCGAUGAUAAAAAAAGUUUGUGGAACAAUACAUUCUGGACGCUACAUAAUAUUCAUAAUUAUAUAUAGUAUGUUGACUCAUUCGUUUCUCCACA